AAAGUGUCCCUGGAACAGCUUCGUAGGAGAUCAUGUCAUGUCCUCUUAAGUGCAGCACUCACUCUCACACACUGAAACUGAAACAGAAACAAACUAAUGAACUAUUGUGAGUUAGAGAAUUUCUGAUCUCACUCUCUCCCAUGGAGGUUCAAACUCACUCUCUCUCCCCAACCUUUGACUUUGACUUUGACCUUCACCUUCACUCCCAAUACCCCGUUUCUUCCCCCACCGACACCUACUUCCCGCCCAAUGGCGCCAACCAACCUUCUCUUGGACACGCCACUGCGGCGCUCAAACUCCAGAAGGUCUACCGGAGUUACCGUACCCGCCGCAGGUUGGCGGACUCCGCCGUUGUAGCUGAGGAGCUAUGGUGGCAAGCCAUAGAUUAUGUAAGACUGAACCACAGCACCAUUUCCUUCUUUAAUUUGCCUCAAACUGCCGCAUCACGCUGGAAUAGAAUUAAAUUGAACGCGGCCAAGGUGGGUAAAGGUUUGUCCAAGGACGCCAAAGCACAAAAGUUGGCUUUCCAGCAUUGGAUCGAAGCUAUUGAUCCACGACAUCGUUAUGGGCAUAAUUUACAAUACUACUAUAAAGAAUGGUGUAAAACGGAUUCUGGUCAGCCAUUUUUUUAUUGGUUGGAUUUAGGAAAUGGGAAGAAUCUUGAUCUUGAACAGUGCCCUCGAUCAAAGCUUCAAAAACAAUGUAUUAAGUAUCUGGGACCUCAAGAGAGAGAACAGAAUGAAUACAUUGUCUGCGAGGGCAAAAUUUUCCACAAGCAAAAUGGGGACUUGCUUCAUACAAUUGAAGACUCUCAAGAUGCAAAAUGGAUAUUUGUAAUGAGCACUUCCAAGAAACUUUAUGCCGGCAAGAAAAAGAAGGGAUUAUUUCAUCAUUCUAGUUUUUUGGCUGGAGGAGCUACGUUAGCUGCUGGAAGGCUUGAGGCUGAGCAUGGGAUUCUUAAGUCCAUCUCUGCUUAUAGUGGACACUACCGGCCAACAGAUGACACUCUUGACUGUUUCUUAUCAUAUCUCAGGGAAAAUGGCGUCAAGCUCGAUGAAGUUGAGUUGCGCAAGGCGAAUGAAGACUCUGAUAUCUACGAGGAUACCAAUCUCAGUGAAAGAGCAGCAACAACUGAAGUGUCAAGCACUACUACGAUGAAUUUGUCUGAAAUAUCCCAGGAAGCUGCCAAUACUCCAUCUUCAGUUGAGAAGGAUCCUCAACCUGAACCUGUCUCUACUUAUAAAAGGACUCUAUCAGGUGGUCUUCAGAGUCCAAGAGCUGUGGUGCCUAAGACUGCAAUAUUGCAGAGAAUCAAUUCCAAGAAGGCUUCAAAAUCCUACCAAUUAGGACAUAGACUUUCCCUUAAAUGGUCAACAGGCGCUGGACCUAGAAUUGGAUGUGUUGCUGACUACCCUGUGGAGCUUAGAACAUGUGCCUUGGAGAUGCUCAACCUUUCUCCAAAGGUUCCCCCUACCCCUUCAUCAUACUCACGGAUGGUUGAACUUCUAUCACCUCCUGCUUGUUCAACAUCUAAUAGCUCUUCUUGUGGUAAUAGUAAUGGAACUUGUGUUGAUUGAUCUAUACUUAAAUGACCUUAGUAUACUUAAAUGACUUUAGGCGAAUGCUUCCUGCUUAAUGAUGCUUUAGGUUGUUAAAGCCAAGCCUAUAGGUGCUUUACUUAGUGUUGAAAAUACCUGUUCCAUAUAUCAUCUAAACUUUUUGAGGACUUGUGUGUUAUCUUGUAAGGUCCAAUCGUUGUUAUGAUCUCGCCUCUUGCUUUUUUUCCCACUAAAUGUGAAGAGAUGUUUGAUAUGACCACCAAUAGUGGAACCCUUAUGCUAGACUAAUGUGACAUU